AUGGCGUCCAUUGCCCCGCAGAUGACGAUGAACCGAGCGUAUGCGGCACCACAGCAAUUCCAAAAGCCACAAGAUACAAAGCAGAUUACUACAGAGCAAAUACAGGCCAUGCUGGAUGAAAAUUCGAGUCUUAUUGUGGAGAUUAUUGAGCUAAAUACGCAGAUAAAACAUGGAAAAGGGACGGCACAACUAGGAGAAUUUACAGAAAAAUUGGACAAGAAGCGCAAACACCUCAACAAAAAUCUUAUGACGCUGGCCAAGUGGGCAGACGAAUCUUCCGAGAUAUCCCCAAGACAGCCGCAGGUCUAUGGACAAUCUCAAAUGGCUCAACAGCAGCAGCAACAACAGCAACAGCAAUACGCUCGGACAGGAAUGAUGCAGAUGCCUAUGACUAACCAAACACAGUACCAGGUACAAGCUGAGGCACAAGCGAGAGCCCAAGCUCAGGCGCAGGCCCAAGCACGACUUCAAGCUCAAGCGCAAGCCCAGGCUCAAGCAUAUGCACAGGCUCAAUAUCAGGCACGGAUGAACCCAAUGAUGACUCAGCAAUAUGGUCAGAUGAAUCCGAUGGCUCAACAGCAGCAACAGCAGCAGCAGCACCAACAACAACAGCAACAACAACAGCAACAGCAACAGCGGUUUGCUAAUGGUAGUAUGUCAUACGGCGUUCCUGGUAGCGGACCGAUGUCCCACAGUGUUCGAAUGAGCAACGCCAUGCCAAUUGCCCCAAGCUACACUGACAACCGAGGCGGCAUGGCGCCCAACAUGGGCUAUCAAAUGGGGCCUCAGGGCUAUGGCAUGGCGCCAUCUGCACAGAUGCAGCGCUUGAACCCAGAAACGCAAGGAAUGCCUCAGCAAAGUAUUUCGCACCAGGGUAUGGCUUUGCCUCUGCAAAGUAUGAACAUGCCGCAACAGAGCAUGGCGAUGCCCCAACAAAACAUUGCGAUGCCACAGCAGAGUAUGGUAACGUCUCAACAACCGAUGUCUAUGGGUCAACCGAAUAUGCAAAUGACCCAACAGAGUAUGCAAAUGCCUCAACAAGGCAUGACACCAAUGCAGAUGAAUGGACCAUCGAAUUCAAACGCUAUGGCAGAUGUCUCUGGUCUGUCGAGCAAUUAA